AUGGCCAACGAUUUAACCUUUGCCGUGCUUGGCGGUGGCAACUUAGGAACCGCCAUAGCUGCAGGACUCCUCCAUCCCAUCAAGGACACAGACCGCAUCAGUGUCAAACAUCUGUAUGUCACUGUCGCCACCGAGACUUCCCAGCACCGGGUCCAAGGAGAGCUAGGCGAAGACCCAUCAAGACUUACGAUACUGCUUGCAAAAGACAAUGAUCGCGCGGUGCGGGAAGCAGAUGUUGUUAUCAUGGCCUUUAAGCCCGUUAAGAGAGAAGAAGUGUUUGCCGCCCCAGGAAUAAGAGAGGCCUUACAGGGAAAAUUCAUCAUUAGUAUAAUGGCCGGUAUUACAGUCAAGGAGAUAAACCGGCUGGCUCUCGAUACAACCGAACACACAAGCUCAAUUCAGGCCGUGCGAGCUAUGCCCAACAUGGCAGCCAAGAUCCGCGAGGCUGUCACUCUGUAUACGGCUAACCAGGAGACGUUGUCUGAAACAAGCCAGGAGAUUGCCCAAUGGGUCUUCAACCAGGUCGGUGACGCGCAGGUGGUGGACGAGAGCACAUUCGACAUCUCUGCUGUGCUGGUUGGCUGUGCCGGUUCAUUGUUACUGCUCGCAGUAGAUGGUCUCCUCGAUGCCGCUGUUGCCGAAGGAGUCAAGCGGCCAGAGGCGACAAAGAUGGUCAUCAACAGUGCCAUUGGAAUGCUGAAGCUGGUUCCCGCCGGUGAUCACCCAAGCUUGUUGCGGGAGAAGAUUGCAUCCCCAGGAGGCUGUUCGAUAAGAGCGCUUCUAGAGCUGGAAAGGUUGGGAGUUAGAUCGGCCUUUACAAGUGCAAUCUUAGCUGCGGCUGAGAAGUCCAAGGGCCUAUCUCAUCGAUAA